AUGACGUCUCUACCCACCGUGGACUUUGAUGCUCCGGCCGCCAAGGUGCUAAGCCCGGCAACCUUGGCUCAUGUCGUACUUCGGACCGCAAAUCUCCAACUCAUGGCCGACUUCUACACGGAAUUCCUCGGUGCCUCCAUUACGUACGGUAACGAUGUGAUCUCCUUCGUCACCUACGACGAGGAGCACCACCGCAUUGCCCUCGUCGGGUUCUCCUCAGCGGCACCCAAGAACCCCAGCAGCUGCGGGCUAGAGCACAUUGCAUUCACCUACGCCUCGCUCGCGGAGCUUCUUCUCGCUUAUCGCCAUCGCAAAGCGCGUGGCAUCCUGCCUGCCCGGUGUGUCAACCACGGUCCGGCCACGAGCAUCUACUACAAGGAUCCGGACGGGAACAUGCUUGAGACGCAGGUCGACAACUUUGACACGGUAGACAAAGCCACUGUCUUUAUAAUGGGUGACAACUUCGCCGAGAACCCUAUUGGGGUAGACUUUGACGCAGAGAAGUUGAUUGCCGCCCUCCAGAGGGGCGAGUAUGAACGCAUGCUAAAGACGCGCUGA